GCUCAAUCGUCCGCUGUGAGGCGCGCGCUCGGCACCAACCGUUUUAUAUUCAGUUUUUUUACGCGCAACACCGCGGCCGCCGCAGCACGUAAACAAUUACGCACUGUACCGCGGGCGCCUACAGAACGGCACGCGCAUAACACGGACAUCGCCGCCAGAGCCGCACCGCGCACCCGGCACCAUGAAGCGGAAAGACGACGGGGCCGACCUGGACCAUCACCUGAACAUGAUGUUGGAGGCCAUCGAGCGGCUGGAACGGAACAGGUGUCCGGGCAGCCGGCGUUGGAGGCCCGACGCCAGGCCUCCGCUGAUGCCGAUGCAGGCCGAGCUCCGCACCCUGGAGCUCUGGCGGUCCGUCAUGGCCGAGUGUCUGGCCACGUUCCUGUACGUGGCCGUCGUGUGCGGGGCGGCCACUUCGGACGCGUCCCCGGUCCUCGGCGCGGCCGCCGCCUCCGGGUUCACCAUGCUCGCCCUCACCGUGUGCCUGCAAAACGUCUCGGGUAACGUAUGACGCGUGUAUCGAACACGCUGUACAACUGUGUAAUAUUAUUGAAACACGCUAUGGUCUGGACGGGUGUUUAUUUGGCGGAGGGAGUGGGUGCCAAUUUAGAUUUCGCCGCCCGAAUCCGGUUUCCUCUUUGGUCCGCGCGUUCGGUUGAGUUGACGUUUUACAAAGGCGAAAACGUCUCCGGAGUAACGUGUCAGCACACUUGUGUUGACGUAUUAUUGACGUUCUUAAACCUCGUUUACCGGCGAGAAAAUCGCCGAGUUAAUAAUCUUAUGUAUAUUAUGCGUAUAAAAAUCACGGCGUACGACGAGUGCGAUGCACUCUGAAACCAAUCCACCGAUUAUGAGAUAAUGCUCGAUGUGUGUGUGUGUGUGUGUGAUUUGGUCCAACUCAAAAGGUCGGAUAGUCUCCGACGUUCCUUGCUCAAUCCCGUGAAUUAUAUAGGGAUUUUUAGGUGUUUUCUACACAAAUAUCUAAUUGUUUGUGGAAAUGUUGGGUAGAAAACUACUGUUAAUACUGUUUUCACCAUUAUUCAGCAAUAGCAAAGAUCAGCUUAAUAUAUGUGCAAUAUCGCUCGAAAAUCCUUUGUCUGUAGGCGUAAAUAGGAUUUUCAAGUUACCGGAGCUCGAGUCUCCUGACGGAUAGCUCCUCAUCUCCCUCUGGCAGUCGAAAUACUUAUUACUUAGUCACGAUGGUGGGAGUGGGGUGAGUGGGGGUUUUAAACACGCUUACGUAUGAUGAACCGUACGUACUAAAUUAUUUUGGGUGGACAUUUUUGAAAGAAAGAGGAAGCAUUGCGGUUACAAGGGAAAUAAAGAAAAUGUUUAAGCAUUUAGAGUACACCUCUUGUAAAUGAAGGAGGAGGGAUAAUUCAGUUAUGUUGGCGUCUUUUUCGGCAGAUUAAAACCAUCUCGAUAUUUAUAUAAAUUUUGUGCACGCUGACGCGAAAACUCGAUUAAGAUACACACGUGCAAUGAAAAUAUUAAAACCUAAUAAAAAAAAAAAAAGAAAAAGUGUCAUUAUUUUUUACGCGGUAAUAUUAUUUAUAGUGUUUACGCGGAGAAAGGGUUGACUUUUUUUUUUUUGUGUAUAUAAUAUAAUAUGCGGGUUCACGCGCGUGUUGCAUACGCUUAUGAAAGGUAGAGUUCGUCAUGGGCAUUUUUCAAGGGGGGCAAAGAUAAUUUAAAAAAUAAAUGAUCCGUUCUAUAGUUAAUUACGGUUUUAGCCACGGGGUAGACCGUGUAUAUGGAAUGAAAAAUAACACAUGGGGGCGAUUGCAACCCCCUCCCCCCUCACACCAAACGAUCGACCGAAAAUGGAAAAAUAUAAAUAUAACAAAACGGUUCACCGUAAAUACACACAUCUAUGGACUAUAUAAUAUAUUGCAAAAUCCGUUUUGAGUUUAGAUUUCGGUCGAGUUUACACUGUGUUAACUAUUAUACAGAAGCCAUAGAGACUUGGUGCCUGGACUGAAAAAAUAGCGAACAUGUUAUUAUUUUACUGUAUACACAGCAGCUGCGGAUGGUUUUAACAAUUUCAACGCAGAAAGUAAAAAUGUCGAACCGAUGCAGUGAUAAACAUAUUCUAUCGAUCCGGAAAUCGUGUGAUUUGACUUGGAACUUGCUGAACGACUUCGUGCGUCGGUGAUACUGACGUGUACACACGAUAACCGCGAAUAUUUAUACGUCCACCGAAUUCCAAAGCUUCGAUUCGAGUAUACUUCACUGCCGUCGUCGAAACGUCCCGUUUCGGACGCGCGACCACAGAAAGUCGACUGUUGACAAAAUUAUGGAAAUCUUGUACGCGGAUUUACCUUCAACCUAUGUCUACAAUCUCGCCGAUAUUGUGUGGACGUCGGCUAUAAGGUUUUUAGUCCGGAACGCUGCAGUUCUCAAAAGUCCCGUAUACACCCUAUUCGCCACUGUUUCGCAAAGUCCAAUAUUAUAACGUCUAAAUAAACAUACGCGAAAAUGGAUCGAACGGUUAUCAUAUAGGUACGUUCACGGGUUCCUAGACCGGGUUAACUGCGCCGCACGUUCUGCAAACAUAAUGUUAUCUAUCAUCGCGGUACAUUGAAUUCGCAUCAGAAUUGUGUGUACAGUUCGGGGGAGGGGAGAGAGGGGUAGGGACGGAUGUGAACUGAAAUUCGAGUCCGGCUCCUCUUAUAUAAUACACAAUAAACGAAAUGAUUAUAAUAGACGAUAUAGAUAUUAUACACACGUGUCAUAAACAAAACGUGUUCUGUGUAAGGCGGCAGAUCGUGUUAUUAUUUAUCGCCCCUCUUUUGUCGGCUUUUGCACAAAAGAAACGCUGCGCUCGGCGGCGAAACGUCCAAACCGUAAAAUUCGACAUUCAUCAAAAUAUUGGCCCUCGCGCGCACACACACACACACACAUUAUAUGCAUUAUAAUAAUAAUACGAGUAUACGAACAUAUUUUCCGUUUUGUCACGGUGAAAUUAUUAACGAUAUUAAUUCAUUAAGAUCCGUUUCGAAAACACCCCCGGCACUUUUCGCAAAACCGUAAUGUCGAUAUUCACGUAUCCAUUGCAUUUUACUACGACCGCGUCUAAUAAACACGGUACCAUAAAUAUUUUAAAUAUACAGUGAAAACCGCGUGUAAACCCAAUUAAAGGACCGAGAAAAAUGUCCGGGUUACCGAAGUUUAGAUACACGCGAAAUCCAAUUUGGCAAUAGUAAUAAUAAGUCCGAGGAAUUAAAUAUUUUAAAGACCGGCGGUUUUUAUGGAAAAAGGCUCAAAUCAAAAACGGUUACUUCACAGAAGGGAGAAAACACUAUACUCGAGAUCUUUACAGCGUUUACAUUUUACGAUGACUUGUUACCGUUUUCAUUUUGACAUGGUACUGUAAGAGCAUUUAUUUAUAUCGUCCCUUUAUAUUGAAAAAGAAAAACUGUUCAAAUACUAUAUCUAUGACUUAUUGUCAUAAACGCAUUUCAUAAUAUUUUCACAACCAAGUAAAUUAUACAGCGGCGCCUAUCGUUCGACGUGACUUAAAAUCGAUGACGCAUAAACCGAAAAUGUCCAAAAGUCACUUUUAAACAUGGCUCAGUGCUUAUAGCACUUAAAAUCCACAAAAGGCUCUGACAAAAAUCGCUUAAAAAUCUCAAACCAGGUAUAGCCGUAACAGGAAGUACUUUUAAAUCCCCGUACCGAUUUUGCUUUUUUAAAUGUAUUUUCAAACGCUUUUAGGGUUUUUUUUUUUGGAACUUUUAAAGGAUUUUUUCGCGGAUAAGCGAUUAUAGUGCCGUAAGUCCCGGAGUCUCGCAUACAGGCUCUUUCGCUUCGUAAAAACCGUCCGAUAUAAUGACCGUUAGAAGCCGCGCGUGUAACGACGAAACCCGUACGGAGCCGCGGCCCCACGCGGUUAAACUGGUUACGGCGAUUUCAAGCGUUUGCGUCCGAGAUCGCGUUUUACCCGGUGUUACGCGUAUUUAUUUUUACCCAGACCCGGGGUAAACGCUGUACGUAUAGUUGCGUUUUGGAACUUGUACGCGGUAUUUUUACCGCCAAGUAUACAAAGGCGACAGCGUACGCACGUAGGCAAUGACGUCCUUGCGCCGUUUACGUUACGCUGUUGUAUACACAUGCAGGCGGUGCGACUAGUAACGGCGUACCCGUUUACACCUUUGCUGCGUGUAUCUGGUGCGAUGAAAUGUCCGUGUAACCAUAAAGCCCGUCGUUUCGUCGUAACGGUCAUACGGACGUACCGAUACAACAUCGUGUUUUCGAACGGCGAAACGAACGCGUUUCAUCGAAAUUUCAAUCGGGCAGACGGGUACGGCUGUAUAAUAGUAUACAAUACGGUGGGCGUUUUGGCAGAAAUACGAGGCGACGUGUUACAGAACGAUUUUUUUUUUUUUUGUGUUUGUUACCCAUAAGUGUCUAUUAUUAACAAUAAGCGCUGACGGAAAUUGAAAUAAUAAUUUGUUCGUAUAUUAUUAGACUGCGUAAGUAUACUUGUAUAUUUUCGAUUCUUCUGAGUUCAGCGAAGCAUGUAUCGGUUUUACAAAGAUAUUUAUUUAUUUUUUUGUUCGAACACUUUUUCUACCGGUGAGCUUAUUCCGAUUAUCGUGUAUAACAGGAAAUGUUCUUUGGUCGGUACUUUAGAGCGGUGUUUUUUUUUUUUUUGAAAUUCUCAUUAAUAUUCGAGAUAACGAGGAAAAUCUGGUUAUUUAGGUUGAAAAAGAUUGAAAGAUUGAAAAUAAGGUUGGGAACCGUUUUUAUUUAUUUUUUUGUUGUUUUAAUUUUUUUUAAAUAACCAUUUUUGUCACGGUAACGCUCAUUGUUUGUUAUCAUUUUACCAUAAUAUUAUGACAUAUAUAUUGUUGACAAAGCAACACUGUCAACUGAACACUCCGCUCAGAAUCGUGUUUUCGUUAGCAAUGGUUUAUCGUUGAAUUCCCGUCUGUACCCUACCUUUCCAACUUCCACGUGCGAACCAUGUCCUUUCCCCUAUACAAUUUGACGCAGUCGCGGUAUACACCAACAGAUACGUGCCAAGGAAAACGGCCGCUGUUCAAUAAGAUGAUCGUAUCGGUUGAAUUGACGAUAUUGACGAGAGUAGAGAAAAUCAAAAAAAAAAAAAAAACCGUUAAUUUUUUAAUCGUUAGUCCGCGAUAAAUUUUAUGAAAACGAGCGCCGCCGCGAAUACGAUUUGUCCGCGUCGUAUACACGCGAGACGUGCCAGCUCUCGUUUUUUUUUCUUUUUUUUUGGAUCUCGUCCAGUUAUCCACGUCUUCCACGAUGCGUUGCGGUGCGUUUUUCUAGGGCCACGGCGGUUUCGUCGGUUUUAAUAAUACGUAUUUUAAAAGAACAUUUUUAUUAUCGAGACGGCGGCGCGGUAUUACAAUAAAACAAUAUUAUUAUAUACUUAACACUAUCGUGUAUUAAUAUCUCUACCCCGCGCCGCAUUACAUUCCCAAACAUUUUGAGUGUGUGCGAGUGUGGGACUGUUUUUUUCUUCUCUCUUUGUCAAUUCGAUGUGUCGUGUGUAUAAAUAGUGGUAGUAGUAGUAGUUUAGUAGUAGUGGUAUUGGUAUGUAUAGUUUCGUGUACCUAUAUUAAAAUGUGUUUCCCACGUGCACAUGCAUGGAACCGUUCGUUCGCAACGUAUAUAGAAUAAAAAAAAAAAAAAUGUUUAAAAAACCAUUCGCAUUCGUCGUCGUGUAACGUUGAAUGGAACGGCUGGAGAGAAAAAACGGGGGGGGGGAAAUAAAAAUAAUAAACCUCUUGAAGAAUUCGUAAAUUAUAAUAUUAUAAUAUUUUAUAAUCGAAAACAACAUAAUCAUAGUUACGUCCAACUCUAUACGAUCUACUUUAGUUCAAUAACACCGUACAAAUGAAACACUCAAUUUCGUAUGGAUAAAUUAAACAAUUUUAUGGUUAAAAAAAAAAAAAAUAUAGUAAUAAUAAUAUAUUACGGGCAUUAAGUAUAUAAUAAUAUUAUGUGGCCGAAACGAAUCCAAAGUUAAUAACUGUGUAUUAUAUUAUAAGUACACCUAACCGUGAUGGACGGCCGGAGGGCGCGGGAGGUUACUAAUACACCUGGUUCGUGCGCGCUGCGGACCCCGCGGUAGGCGACACGAAAAUGUCGGUGGUAUAAUAUGAGUUUUUUUUUUUUUUCUCUCUCUUCGUUAGUUUCCCCUCGAGUUCCGUCGGCGGCCCGUUUCACCUGCACCAGCGCUGUACGAUAUAUUUUAUGACCAUUCACCGUUUCCGCAUGGCCGAGGGACCCGGGCAUUACGUAUAAAUAACAACAGUCGAAACGUGCACGGGACAAUGUCCCAUCUACCCCCGGCACGUACGCUUACGGACGCGUAAGUAACAGCCUUUGGCGGAAAAAGUCAAUUACAACCUUCACGGUUACCUACCCGUGUACGGUUUAAACCGUUCUCGGCGAUGUUGCUUACCGCAAUAAUUGUUUGAUAACAGAAUGCACUUCAAACACCCACCUAUUAUAUACCGUGUGCCAUAAUACUUUUUACAAUCGAUAUCUUUUUACGGUUGCGCGAAACGUUUUUCGGCUGGAUUGUCUAUAAUAUUAUACCUACCCUAACCAACAUAUACAUUUCGAGCUUCUAUAUAUAUUGACAGUUCAAUCAUUUUUCUCCCCGUUUAAAAUCUGUCGAGUUUCUCUUCAUUUUUCACUCCGUGCGUUUUAAAAUUGUUCCCAACGCGCGUUUUAGACGGUUGUAUCUCGGCAAAUUUUCGAGAUAGAAAAAACCGGUACAAGGCGAAAAAUCUUAAAAAAAAAAAAAAAAUUGGAUCACUAUCUGGAUUUAACGCUAAUAAACUUGUACAUAACAUAGGCGUGUCUGUAUUCGAGCAAAUAUCAUCCAACGUUGUAUACUUUUGCGCGCCGCAAUAAGGAUUUACGUUUUGAAAAUUGGCUCAAAAUGCGUUCCUAUCUGUACUGUUUAGGCGGUACAUCCCCACAUCUUCCGAGAAAAAAAAAAAAAAGUUUCAUUUCGAAUCCACCGUCCGGCUGCAAUAUUUCGACCGUUCGAGUGAAAACAGUGCUGUUGUACAUGAGCCGUUUCGACGAGCAAACGUGCACGAAUCGGUGUAAAUUUCGACUCGUCUGCAGCCGGGGCCCGCGGAACAUAUAUACUGUAUAAUAUAUUUUUUAUAUAGAUUAUUUUUUUUCGCCGCCCCGGACCAGAUCGUUUAUUACGACGAGUCACGGGGUCGGUGUGUCAAUGAACCGCACGCACACAUAAUAAUAAUAAUACGAAUUAUAUACAUAUGCGAUGUAUACCUAUCCCGGAUCCCUCGUGAUAAAAUAUAAUCUAUACCGCAGAGUUAAAUUGGCCGGCGAAUAAGGGUGAAGACAAUACUGGCUGUUAUAUAUACACGGGCGCACAUGUUCGCCGCGGACCUGGUUGGCUGCUCUCGAAAAAAAGCGUUUAGAAAAAAAAAAAAAAAAUUUGUUUCCCCUCCUCUGUCUAGGUGGCAAUAAAAAACGCUAUAUCGGUUGACAAUUGGCACUUGAGUCGUCGCGCUAAAAAUUAUGAAUAUAUGUAUACAUAAGGGCUGUAAGUGAAUCGGGGUGUCGCGCCUACGGCGGUGAGGGGGAAAGGCACGGCGAUAGUAUGACUGUGUACGAGCGAUACGGCGGAGAGGAGAACGACGACAAUGAGAUAAUGAUUAUGUCCGACGAGAUUAUAUAGGUAUACGUUGUAUAUUAUAUAGAGCAUCUGUUGUGCGUAUAAAAAAAAAAAAAAAAAAGGUUUUGACCCCCGACGUGUUCGCGGGUCGCGAAAAACCGCACGGACCGCGUAACAAUAAAGAAUAUUUUAUUAUUCGCCUAUAUCGGGCGUGUUUUCCGUUUCCCCGCGUUUCGGGGGUGAUUUUCGUUUUUCGACUAAACAACCUAAAAUUCUAAAUAAAUUUCGGGUAUGCGGGCGUCCGUAUAAGAUCAUUUUCAGAGGAUGGACAAACUCGAAGCAGGUUUCAAACACGCGUUUGAAGACUAAUAAUAUGUUGUCUCGGAAGACACUUUUUAGUAAAAAUGCUCCGCGUAGUUUCACACCGAGCUAUCGAAGAUGCGGAUGUUUUGCACAGUAUAGUACUUUGUUAAACGAAAACUCACGCAACAGAUAUGAAAUGCGAUUGAAUAGAUAAAAAAAAAACAGAAAGUUAAAUGCUAAAUUACUUUUUUUAAAAAAUCACGACGAUAUAGCUAUUUUUAUUAUUUAUUUUUUUGUUUUGUUGAUCUCCGGGUUACUUUUUGCUACCAGAGAAAAAACAGGACUAAUACUAUAUCUAAAUAACUUUAGGUAUUAGUUUACUGAGCUCCGCUCAAUAUCGUUUGGUACACCUAUAUUUCACGAUACUAUACUCGAAACCCGACUGUUCUAAAACUGAAAAUAUGGUCCCAAAGUUGUGAUCCGAGUUUCUAUAUUGUUAUUACCCCAUGUCCAUGCGCUAUUUAGGUUUCCCGUUUUAUUUAUUAACCCGAAUGGAACGUCAAAGGAAAACUCUAGGGGUUUUAGCUUUUAUACACGAUGUAUUCCCGUCCGCAAACAGCUACAAUAAUUUUAAAUUCGUAACACAAUUUUUCGCUGCACCGUUUCGAGAGGGAACACGCAGCAUUUCUAUACCUACUGUCGAACGCCGUUAUAAUGGUGUAAAAAAAAUUUACCAGCUCCUAACCGCAGCAGACGCGCCGCAAGAAAUGACGAUUAUAAGUUUUAUGGACGCCAAAAAUAUAUAUUCUCGAGAAUUUCUAGACGCGGUUUUGGCAAUCGCGACGAAACGUAUUGCGUUUUCGCCGUGUCGCUGUUAAUAAACGCUAAAUGAAUAAUAAUAAUAAAAGCCGAUUAAAUUUAGCGUCGGGAGUAUUUAUCAAUGACGACUAUUAGGUAUAUUCGAUGGUGUUUUUUUUAUUAACGCGUACUUAUUUGUCACGUUGAUGCCGCACGCGUAUUGGCAUACGUGCAAUGUCAUUAAUAUUAUAAUAGCAGUUUAUGUACCCACUACUUGCUUAAUGCGUAUGCAACGAUAAAUCAUUGCUAACGAAAAACCAUUCCGAGCGGAGUUUAGUAUUAGUCGCGCGUUUUGUUCCUUGAUUCCAAGGAGCCCUGAAAUCGAAAAACUAAAAAAAAAGCGAUUUUUUUUUUAAAAAGUACAUUAGUAUUAAGAAGUAUUGAGCAUUUUGAAAAACGUUUCAAAUAAAAUGUGUCGGGCGAAAAAUCCGUAGUUUUAAGUUGGGUAACUUUAUGUAUAACACGAAAAUAUCGGAACGUUACUAACCGGGGAAAACAAAAAGCUAAUGAAAUUAAAAUAUUAAUGACAUUUCUGUUCGUUUAAAAUUAACAAUUACGUUAGAAAAAAAUAACUAUUCAAACAUAAUGUUCGGUCGUUUCGAUUUAAUAUGUGAUACCGCGGUCUACACAAAACGAACUCAACCUUUCGCGAAAACAUGAUAACAUAUUGUAAGACAAAAAAAAAAAAAAAAAAAAAAAAAACACAUUAAGUAAACCAAAUCACAAAGAUAGAUUAUUGUACUACUCGUAUUUUUUGUAUACUCGGUUACAUUAUAUACCAUUCAUACCGAUGAAUAUAAACGCGUUCAAGUGUUGAACACAUUGUUUGAAUAAUUUUGACGCGCAACAUCUGUUUAUAGUUUAAUUAUUUUUUUUUGUCAUACUGUUGUAAUACACGACGUUAUCUUUGUCUUUGUCUUUCACAGGACGUGCACAUCACUGCAGUAAGAGCGUAUAAAAUAUUAUGUUCAAAACCUCGUAUAAAUAAUAAAUAAUUGAGAAAUAUUGUUGUAGGUCUAAUACGUCAUUUUGUUUUAUUUAUAUAACAAAGAACAAGCAUAGUAAUAAUAAUAAUACGAAAUAAACAACUUUUUAGAGGACGCCUAAACGAACGUUUGACAUAAUUUCACGUGGAUGACGAUCGAAAACUGAUCAAUAUUUUGUUCGGUAUAAAUUUAUCCGUUGAUACAUUUUAGCUUUCUGCGACUUCUAAUGUUGUAUCAGCUAUACCAGUGGUUUUCAACCUGUGCGUCGCGGUUCCCAGGGGCGUCGUGGUUUAGUGUCGAGGGAGCUGCGGCUAAAGUAAAUAGAAUAGUAGAGUAAUACAGUAAAGUUCUUUAUUUACGUUUUUAGCGGCUAAUUUGGAUUUCAAAAUCAGAAGAGCCGUGGACCCAAAAAACCACUGAGCUAUAUUUUACGCGCCCGUUCUCUCUAUGGUUUCAAUCCGUAUAGAUUGGUUUGCAGCCAUCUUCCAUUCUUCUCUAUUACAUCCGCUUUUUUGUUCAUUUCUAUACAACAUGAGUUGCAUCCUUUGUCCUUCUGUUGAACAUACUCUAAUCUUGGCCUUCCCACCCACCCGUAUGUAAAAAAAUAUGCAAAUACUAAGGGAAAAUGUCACGAAAAAUAUCCUCGAAUAUUAGGAUUUUAUUUUCCAUUCGAUGCGUUAGUUAAUAUUUUCAGUUAAUAUAAUACGAACAUUACGGUUUGUCUAUUUCAGGAGGACAUAUAAAUCCCGCUUUGAGCACGGCUAUGCUGAUCACGAGAAGAAUAAGUCCCGUAAGAGCCGUUAUGUUCAUAGCCGCACAAUGUGGCGGCGCUGUAGGUGGGGCUGCGAUAAUCUACAGGUAAGGUACCUACUUAAAUAUACUCAAACGGUUACCCACAGGUAACCGUUUGAGUGGAAUUUUGCUAUACGUAUAUUUUACACGUACUCGUGUUAAACGGCCCUAUAGUGGCCAUAAGCGGCACUUGUUAGACACGAGAGUGCAAAAAUGAUCACUGUACUAGGCAACAGCCGUUUUUCCGAUGAAAUCAAAAAUAUAUGAAAUAAUAUAACAAUGGUCGUUUUAGUGCAUCGAAAUAUAAUACUUCAGCUAUCUGCUAGUUUAGAAACGUGGAAUUAUUUUAUUUGACAUGCUAAACGUAUAAAUAGUUAAUACGUUAGGUUUUUUAUCAUGUUAAAUUAAAUUUACUGUACGUUUAUUACAAUCGUAGUUUGAUGUAAAAUCUUAAACCGUAAUAUUGAUUAAACUAUUUUUUAUCAAUAGAAACAUACACAAAUUUAAAUAUAUUUUCUGUUUAAACAAAUCUGUAGGUACUUGUACCUAAGGUUCACGUGUGAGUUCGAUUUUUAAAUUGGGUGUUAAUGAUCCUGUAGUUACACAUUAUCUACCAACUUAUAAUAAUGAGCUUGAAAAUGUGCAGGACACAUUUUUAAAGAUCGUCUAUCAUAUUUAAGAUUCCACUAUUCAGAGACUUUACAAAUGUUAUUCAAGAAUACAUAAGACUCGAUAGUCUCGAUGAAAUCUAACAAAUAGUAUGUAGGUUCCUAGUUCAUCUUUGGUAUUUUUCAUUGUUUUAUUGUUUGCUCUGAUUCAUUAAUUUUAAUCGGAUUCCGAAUUUAUCGUUAAUUUACACACAAUUUUGUUCCUUUCGUUAUUCCAUCUUACAACACCAACAGCGGUAAUUUUUUUACUCUUUUAGAUAUAAUUUUUCAGAAUAUCUAAGAGGACGCCACACCGACAUCUACUGUCUCCGUUUUACAAACGCAAGGCAGCAAUUUUGAGUUCAGUAGGACAUAUUUCGUGCCGUUAGUUUCAAUAUUAAAACAAAUUGACCCAUUACCAACAUUAAAGGCGAGAAGAUUAUAUUAUACGCCCUGGCGUUGACGAUUUUUCGAUAUUUUUGUUUUUAAAUGAGACACGGAGUGUGUUAAAUAUGACACUUUAAAAAUGAUUAUAUCUUGUUUAAAAAUUAAAAUACCGUGCAAACAUCAACGCUGGAGCAUACAUUAUAACCUUCUCAUCUUUAAGUUUGGUAGUAAGUCGUAAAAACGCGUUUUACUGAACGCAAAUUUGCUAUGUCUCGCGUUUAUAAGACGGAUGGCCAUAGAUGUCGGUAUGGCGGGCCCUUUUUUAAAAAGGCCGACCUUUAAAACAGAACCUGUGCGCGACAUAUUCUAUAGACUAUUAUUAAUGCAUUCAAAACGAUAUCCUGCUGGUAUCGCGUACCCAGCAAAUUUAAUACAUCGCGGUACUAUCGGUUUCUACAGCGUUUCCGCCCGCAACUACUUCACCAGCCUGUACGACUUGCCGAACACCAGCACGACCCCGUGGCAGCGUUUCAGCUUAGGGCUGCUGCUCAUGUUCUUCAUCGUGUUCACGUAUUACGUGACGAAUAAUACGUUUCACAAGUGGACCGGAACUUCGGCGACGGCAAUAGGAGCUGUGUACUUCGCGUGCGGCCUGGUCGCGGUAAGAACACAAAAAAAAAACCCCGAUUUAAUAAAAUAUUUUAUAUUACGUACCUGUUUAUACUAAGUAGGUGUAUUAUACUUUUUGCAGAUGCCAUUUAUAAAUCCGGCAUGCGCGUUCGGACCAGCGCUGGUGAUGAACCAUUGGGAUAAUCAUUGGGUAAGUUGAAUAUUAUUCAAGGUGUUUUUUUUUUUCUUUUCUAAAUUAUAAUAUCUACUACAGAUAGAACGUACUGCUCAACGCGAUUGUGUGGUAUACAAUCAAUUUUUCAUAAAUUCGUAAUAUUAUUAAUUUUCUAAUCAAAAUAAAUUUAAUUGAUUUUUUUAUUUAUCUUAUAUUAAACUUCGGCUAUUAGUUAGAAUAAUUUACGUUUUACAGUAACUUUGAAUAUCUAACUAAAGAAUAGGCACUGCUACAAUAAAAACGAUAGAUAAUAUUGUAUAGUAAAUACAUUUAAGUAGGUAACACGUAUAUUAAAUAAUCAUUUUUAACUAUUCUCAAAAUAUUAAUGAUUUAGGUUAAGAAUUAGACAAUUAAUUAAUUAAACAAUAUACAAUAGGUACACUAUUAUAGUUAGGUAAUUAUUUUCAAACAAUUCAAGUGUAAUAAAUUAUAACGUGUCUUAACUGCAUGUUAAGACAAUAGUUUAUUCUCAAUUCAGGUAUUCAAGUUAUAUAUCCAACUUUUAUUUAAAAUUAAAAUUACAUAUUUAGAUUAUUAAUUUAUACUUAAUAUCUAAUUUAAUCUAUUGAUAGGUAUCCAAUAUAUGCAAUUGAAAAAAAACUCUAGUAUAAAAAUACAUGAAUGCAAUGAAACAUGUACUUGACUACUGAAAGCUGUUUUAUACAGUUAUUUAAGGGACUAAUAUAAAGUAGGUAGGUAGGUAGUAAGUUUCCAAGUUGUACAAAACUAUUUGACACAUAAUUAAUCAUUACCUACUUACUAUCAAUAGGUUUUUAUUGUAUGUAUAUAUCAUUCAUUAUUUAUAAAUAUAUAUUAAUAUUAUAGUCUGUAGUAGAAACAUUGAUUGAGCAAUUAAUAAGGUAGCGAUGUAGACAUCAAAUACAUAAUUUACUAUAAUAUUUCAUUCACAUUGUAUAUAAAGUAUUAUCCAAUAACACUAUAAUAAAAAUGCAGGUUUAUUGGUUUGGACCAGGAGCAGGAGGAAUAAUUGCCGGGGUUGUAUAUGAUUUAAUAUUUAAUGCUCAAAAACGAAAAGCCUCAUUAGAUGAUUUACAAGGUAAGAUAACACACAUAUAAUAAUAAUAACACAUUAUUAUUCUGUUGGAUAAAAGCCAAAUUAAUAAUGAUAUUUGUUUUAACAGAUGAUGAGAAUCUAUGCCAGAUACAAGUACCACAUAAAAUCAUUCGACCAGCUCUUUCUCCUCCAACAUUAACGGCUGAUUUAGAUUUACCAGAACCUUUGUAUGAAGGGAGUAGAUCAUUGUAUACUCGUUCACCAGUUUUGACCAGAGCAAAUUUAAGUCGAUCACAGUCAUUGUAUCAUUCUAAAUCCACACACAACUUACCCCCUCGUGAUUACUUGCCAAGGCCAGGACCCUUAUUACCAGCACAAUCAUUAUAUCCAAUGACCACUACAGCCGGUACAACAGUAUGUAAUGCUGAUAGAGCAGAUAGGCCCGAUAGGCAAAACCAACAAAACCAACAAAGACAGUAUGAACCGCCAUAUGGUACUAGGAAUACACCAGCAGUCAACGCCAGUGGCCAUCAUAAUGGUAAUUGUGAUUUAUAAUACAUUAUAAUGAAACUCGUAUAUAAUAUACUAGUGUUUUUACUACUGACUUAUCAAUAUUUACAGGAGUGUAUUCAAAAACUACUAGAUCAGAAACAUAUAGACAAUCGCCAAAAGAUCCAUCGGAUGAUCUUUAUGGAAUUUAUAACAAUUCUCAAAACAAAUCACAAAACCAUCACGGUAAUCAUACAAGGAGUGAGUAUGUUUAUCGAUGGACUCCACCAAAUUCAGUCAUGCAUGAGUACACUUAAAUGUGUUCAUAAUAAUACUAUGUACAGUUCAUUUUGUAAAUAAUUAUUUUUAAUUGUAAAAUAUUUUAUGUAAAUAUAUUUUUAAUUUUAUAUUAACAAAUAUUAACUAUUAUGGUACAAAUAGUUUGUUUGCAGUAUAUAUAGUAUAAUAUAUUACUGUUUUUGUUUUUAUAUAUUACCAGUUAUAUUUA